AUGGCUCACCAAGCCGAAUCGUCCGACUGGAAGAAGGAGGACUUGUGGACGGCAAUUCUGGAGCGGAAGAAGUCGCCGAACCUUCUCGUCGUUGAUGAGGCUGUAAGCGACGAUAACUCCGUCGUUGCAAUGCAUCCCGAAACCAUGGAAAAGCUACAACUUUUCCGUGGCGACACCAUCCUCAUCAAGGGGAAGAAACGAAAAGACACAAUCUGCAUUGCACUUGCUGAUGACACCUGUGAAGAGCCAAGAAUCAGGAUGAACAAGGUUGUCAGGUCGAAUUUAAGGGUUCGACUUGGGGAUGUUGUGUCUGUACAUCAAUGCCCUGAUGUUAAGUAUGGGAAUCGUGUUCACAUUCUGCCUAUUGAUGACUCUAUAGAAGGAGUUACGGGAAAUCUCUUUGAUGCCUUUUUGAAACCUUAUUUCUUGGAAGCUUACCGCCCUGUGAGGAAAGGAGAUCUGUUCCUUGUCAGAGGAAGAAUGAGAAGUGUAGAGUUUAAGGUCAUUGAAACUGACCCAGGAGAAUAUUGUGUGGUUGCCCCUGACACUGAGAUCUUUUGUGAGGGUUUCGCCGUGAGAAGGGAGGAUGAGGAAAGGUUGGAUGAAGUUUGUUAUGAUGAUGUGGGUGGUGUUAGGAAGCAAAUAGCUCAAAUCCUCAGUUGCGUUCUUCUCGAGCCUACUGUUUUUCCUGAAGAGGUUCUUUCUCUUGAAGAGCGGGCUUCAGUUGAAGAAUGGGCAUCAUGGCAUGACGCCCUCGAAAAGCUCAAGCAUAGUCUUGCCAAUGAAGCCAGGGUGUUAAGUUCGGUUGAGGAAUUGAUUCCUUCUGGCGAGGCCUUCUCUUCCCGAGUCGACUUUAGGGGAGUGAAGGUUCGUUCUGGAUUAGCUGAGGCGUUGGGCAAGUUCUUUGAGCGUGUUGAUGACGCAGAUGUGAACUUGAUAGGUUUAUCUCCCUUUAUGCGUGGGAUGAUCUUUGAAGAGCUUGGGCUUUUGCUUUACGGUAUGGAGCAUACUUCUCCAGUAGAACUUACAAAGCACAAACUGUUAUGUUGGCGUGACAUGAUCAGCGAUGUAGCCGCUUUAGGCGUGCCGGUGGGUUCUCUAAUUGAGAGGUUGGAAGAGUUUCGCGAUACCAUGUUUGGACUUCAACUUGAAAAGAAAGGUGUCUUGGAUCAAUUCAUCAAAGUCAACAAAUUGAUGUGUGUUCUCGAACUGCAACUUAAGGAACUAGAGGUUGAGAAGCUUAAAUUGAAGAAGUUGGUCUGUGGGAGCUCCAAAGAAAUAGCAGUGUGCCUUCAGCUUGCAGUAGAUCAGUUGGCUGUUGGCACCUCUAGCAGUUCAUCCGAGAGGUGGUGUUCUGAGCUUAACUCCUCACCUUCUUAUGACUGCACGCUUUACCUAACUGUUUGCAUUUUUCUAACCUUUGGCUUCUUUUUCUUGGCAGAGCAUGAACCUUGA